UUUGGUUGAAAUAGGGAGAUCCCAGGAACAUCUCACCAGUCUUCCGAAGAUCAUGAGAUCAUGCAGUCGCAAUGAGAAUAAUAAUCAGAAAAAUAAGUAGAGUGAAAUCCGAUUGAAGUCGAGUUUAAUCUUUGCAGCCAAGCUCUAUAACUUUAGCUUAUUCAGUUGUGUUCCGUCUCUGGCUGAGAACGAGUAUACACAAGUUGUUUAUACAAGGACGCUAAACACGAUAAGAAGCAAACUUAUUGCGAAUUCUUCAGACUGGUCUGGCAACCCGAAAGCUCCAUAUGGUCGAGGAAAUGGCAAUCUCAAACAAAGUCGACGAUGAGGAGGUGGGGCAAGUUAAGACGGUGAAGGGCAGCAAAUGUUUUUAUUUGAAAAAAAUGAUCGGAGAUUACAUAGACACCGCUGUUCGUAUCGUGGCUACCGUGUAUCUGGCAGACUUCCUGCAGCGCCUUUUCCUCUGCGGCGUGGAAUAUUGGCGCUAUGUCAACUACUAUUUGCCCGAGGAUCGGAUGCGGACGAUCCUGCGUCGGGGGUUCACGUACAGCAACAAAUCGGUCUACCUCUUGAUGGCCUUCGUUCUCGUGGGAUUCUCGCGGACAUCGAUGACCGGCGAUUUGAGAAGCGUUGUUCCCACAGCCGCGUUCUUGGUCUAUAUGCCACUCUACUGGAUGUUCAAUGAUCUGGGUCACAGCACCCUGACCUACUCAAAAUGGAUAAGGGAGCCGCACGGGCUGGACUAUGCGGAGGGCAUGGCCUCGAACUACUUCCACGGAUACCUUAAGCUGGCGCUGCCCGACCUCAAGGACGAUGGUCUCAAACAUCGGAUAGCGGUCUAUGAGGAUAAAAACAAUGUCACUUUUGGAAUCGACCGACUUGUUAUCCUUAUUCCGGACGAGAUGUGGGUCAAAGGCGUUCUCGAAAGUGAAUUGCUGGAAAAGGCUAAGCCUCUGGAGACGAGAUUUAUUAACCGAGCCGGCGUGGAGCGUCCGUUCAAGCACGACGUCUACAGGCUGAAUCGCCAAGUUAAUGGGAAGAAUUAUUAUUUUGCCAUUGAGGGAGCCACGCCCAUGUUGUCCUUCUACGACGCCAUGCAAUCCAACUUGUCGGCCACCUGGCAGAUGCGGGAGCUAAAGCGGGAGAUCUGGCUCAAGUUCGCCAAGCACUUAAAGGAGCUCAUUGCCAAGUGCCCGGAGACCCGAAACGAAGUGCAUCUCAUCGUGUACAGCUCGCACGAUAAGCAUGGCAAUCCCGUUGACGUUGGAGACAAGCUAAUCGAUUACAUGCGGAACAAAACUGAAACUAUUAAUAAGCGUGAGAGCUAAAAAGUGUGACAACGAGAUCAAGAAUAUCAUAGGAAACUGUCCUCCAAUUCGAACUAACUUCAUCAGAAUACGGAGCAUCAUUUUUUAUAUUUUUGUAACGUGCUGUACCUUAACCUACAACUAAUGAGAAUGUUGGUUGAUAUAAAAGCGAAUAACUAACAUA